AUGACCUUUCUGUCCUUUCUUCCUUGCUUACUAUUAUAUGCUCCCAACCAGCGAGUAUAGGAGUCUCUCGAAAAUGGCUUCGAUUUCUUUUCUGCGACUCGCUCCCGCUGCCUCUCUGAAAACCAUACCCAAACCAUACCCUUUAUCUUCCUUUGUCCCUCCUUCGCCUCUCUUUCUUAAAUCGCCUACAGGAACCCGUCUGUCACAAAAGCUCACCAUCACUCGCAUGUCAUACAAUCCCACACCAGCUACAGAUCGCUUAAUCUCUGCCGUUGCUUACACUCUCCCUUUCUUCAACUCUCUUCAAUAUGGGCGAUUCCUUUUCGCUCAGUACCCACAAUUGGGUCUCCUCUUUGAACCCCUAAUACCUCUCUUAAACCUUUACAGGUCAAUGCCAUAUGCUAGUUUUGUCGCCUUCUUCGCUCUUUAUUUGGGUGUUGUUAGAAAUCCGAGCUUUAGCCAGUAUGUGAGGUUCAAUUCAAUGCAAGCUGUCACUUUAGAUGUGCUCUUGGUGGUGCCUUUGCUUUUGGCCCGAAUCUUCAAUCCGGGUCGGAGCGGAUUAGGGUUUAAGCUGUUGAUUUGGGGUCAUAAUGCAGUUUUUCUGUUUAGUUGUUUCUGCUUUGUGUAUGGAUUGGUGAGUUCUGUUUUGGGUAAGACUCCUUAUUUGCCAUUUGUUGGUGAAGCUGCUGGUAGGCAAAUCUAGGCUGUAUCCUUGGUCUUUUGUGGCAUCAUUUCCUGGGUACAAGAUGGUUGAAGCAUAGGGUGCAAGCCUUUAAAACUCGAGGCAGUUCAGGCUGGGAUGGGGAGAGUUUCGUAUUGGGAAUGCUUGUUUUGGGACUUUUGAUUUGAAAGUAACUGAGUUGUUGUAGAACUCAUCUGUUCUCACAGAGUUCUUUUGCAAGGUGUUUUAUCUUUUAAUUAUGUUAUUUCAGUCAUGAAUAUUACUUUUUGGUUAUAUAUUGGCAGGAAUUUAGACGAAGUAUCGAAUGUUAUUCCAUAAAGUUUUUUAUUUUUGGUGUUUAUCAUGUCCUUCUUGUUUGUUCACUUACUCGUUAAUUCCGGGAGUGUUGCUAUGGUAGUUUAUAUUGACACAAUGUUAAUGCUAUAUGUUCUUGUUUGUGGAAUUUAUGGUUAUGCCUUUGAA